AUGAGCAUGGAGAUUUUAAAGAAAAUAAAAAUAAAUGAUAAAAUAAUACAUACAAAUAAACAUAAUAAUGAAGAAAAAAGGAAGAAAGUAGUAGAUUUAAAACUAACGAUAGAACAAAAUGAUAAUAUAAAAAGUAAAGGACUCAUUUUUUAUCGAGAUUUUUAUUUUGUGCUUUUCCUUUUAGUAUGCAUAUUUCAAUCUUUUUACGAGUCCCCCUUCAUUCACCCUCGUAGUGAUCAAAACCAAAAAAGAACACACAAAAGGCACUUCCAUUACAGACUAUUGACAGAUUAUCAUCACAUAUCAGACACAAAAACAUAUAAGACCAAUACCUUAUAUCAACCAUCUAAUGAGAAAAAAGAAGAAAAGAAAAAAAAAGAAAAAAAAACCUCAGGGUUGUCUAAUAUAUUUCUAAGUGGAACUAAUAAAGCACAAACAAAAGUAUCAAAUAAUAAAAGAGAUAUUAGUUUAACCGUUCAAAAACAAAAUAAUGUAACAAAUAAAUCUAAAAACAACAAAAAUGAGAAACGUACUAUUAGUAUAUCGAAAAAAAGAAAUCAUAGUAGUAGCAAUAAUAAUAAUAAUAAUAAAGAAGAAGAAGAAAAAUGUACUAAAAAUUUUACACAAUAUUUAGAUUACUUCAAUAGUAAUUUUAAAGAAAACAAAAAUAAAAAUACAACAUUAACAAGUGAAUCGUAUCAACAACAAUCUCAUAAUUCUUUAAAUAAUAAUAAUACAACAAUAUCUCAAAGUGAUAAGUAUACAAAUACAAACAUACCACAUAAUAAUAAUGAACACGUGAAAGAACAACCAUAUAAUAAUAGAACACAAAAAAAAAAUAAAAUGAUCAAUUAUCAAAGACAAGGCAGUCAAACGAGUAAAAACUCACGAUAUGAUAGUAUAACAAAUAAUUAUCAAAGACAAGGCAGUCAAACGAGUAAUAUCUCACGAUAUGAUAGUAUAACAAAUAAUUAUCAAAGACAAGGAAGUCAAACGAGUAAUAACUCACGAUAUGAUAGUAUAACAAAUAAUUAUCAAAGACAAGGAAGUCAAACGAGUUAUAUAUCACGAUAUAAUAGUAUAACAAAUAAUUACCCCAGACAAGACAGUCAAACGAGUUAUAACUCACGAUAUGAUAGUAUAACAAAUAAUCGAAAACAUUCAGAAACAGAAGAACUACAAAAACGUUAUACAGUUUAUACAAAUAAAUUACAAAAAAGUGGUAAUCGACAUGAAUCUUUACAUUCCUAUAACAUAAAAGAAAACACAAAAAAUAAUAAAAAAAAAGCACAAGGUAAUAAUAUAAAAGAUAAUAAAAAUUUUAAUAAACACACAAAUGAGUUAUUAAAUGGUGAUCAGAAUGGACCGUAUGGCUAUUCAGUACCAUAUGGUUACACAGGACCGCAUGACAAUUCAGGACAAUAUGGUUACACAGGACCGCAUGGCUAUUCAGUACCAUAUGGUUAUUCAGGACCGCAUGGCUAUUCAGUACCAUAUGGCUAUUCAGGACCGCAUGGCUAUUUAGUACCAUAUGGCUAUUCAGUACCAUAUGGCUAUUCAGGACCGCAUGGCUAUUCAGUACCAUAUGGCUAUUUAGUACCACAUGGUUACACAGUACCAUAUGGUCAUGAUGCCCAUACUGGACAUAGUAACCAUUUUUUACAGUCAUCUCAAUAUACAUCUUAUGAACAAAAUGGAUCUUAUCCGCCUUAUGGAAAUAUUGUAUAUUAUGGGCCUUAUAUACAAAAUGGUAAUCAUAUAGAACCUAUUCCAUAUGUUGUAACACCAUCAGGAGAAUUAAUGUUACCACAUUAUGAUCCACAUGCAAAUGGAGGUUAUGUAGUUAUGCCAGUGGACUCAUUUACACAGCAACAAAUUAAUAUGUAUAUCGAUUCAACUGUUCAAACAAGAGAGUUACAAAUGCGUCAGGUAUACACACAGGAAUUAAUGGAAUAUAAAAGAGAAUUAAAAUUAAAUUAUGAAUACGAAAGACUUAUGUUGAAGUUAGAAAAGAAAUUAAUUAAUAUAACUACCAUUGGUUUGAUAAUAUGUUCAAUAAUACUCAUGUGUAUAGUUUAA